GGCUGGGUUAGGAUACAAAGAGCAGGUGCCCUGUAGUUGCUCCAGGAGCCACACUCCAUUUGGCCAACCGAUUGUGACUACUGCAGCCCUCUACCAGGGCUCCUAAAUGGGAGGACACAUCGGGACAAAGAGGAAAACGAGAAGUGGAAGGGAGGGAGAGCCUGGAUGAUGCCAUAUCAAUCAGUCCCUAACUUGAGAAAAAAAGGGUCUUCAAGAAGUCAAGCCCUAACUGCAAGCUCACCGUGUACUUGGGCAAACGGGACUUUGUAGAUCACCUGGACAAAGUGGAUCCUGUAGAUGGAGUGGUGCUCGUGGAUCCUGACUACUUGAAGGACCGAAAAGUGUUUGUGACCCUCACCUGCGCCUUUCGAUAUGGCCGUGAAGACCUGGAUGUGCUGGGCUUGUCCUUCCGCAAAGACCUGUUCAUCGCCACCUACCAGGCCUUCCCCUCAAUGCCCAAUCCACCCCGGCCCCUCACCCGCCUACAGGACCGGCUGCUGAGGAAGCUGGGCCAGCAUGCCCACCCCUUUUUUUUCACAAUACCCCAGAAUCUGCCCUGUUCUGUCACACUGCAGCCAGGACCGGAGGACACAGGGAAGGCCUGCGGGGUAGACUUUGAGAUUCGAGCUUUCUGUGCCAAAUCACUAGAAGAGAAAAGCCACAAAAGGAACUCUGUGCGACUAGUGAUCCGAAAGGUGCAGUUUGCACCAGAGAAACCCGGCCCACAGCCUUCAGCAGAAACUACACGCCACUUCCUCAUGUCUGACCGGUCCCUGCACCUCGAGGCAUCCUUGGACAAGGAGCUGUACUACCAUGGGGAGCCCCUCAAUGUCAACGUCCACGUCACCAACAACUCUGCCAAGACCGUCAAGAAGAUCAGAGUCUCUGUGAGACAAUAUGCCGACAUCUGCCUCUUCAGCACGGCCCAGUACAAGUGUCCAGUGGCGCAGCUUGAACAAGAUGACCAGGUAUCUCCCAGUUCCACGUUCUGUAAGGUGUACACCAUAACCCCGCUGCUCAGCGACAACCGGGAGAAGCGUGGUCUUGCUCUGGACGGGAAACUCAAACAUGAGGACACCAACCUGGCUUCCAGCACCAUCGUGAAGGAGGGGGCCAACAAGGAGGUGCUGGGAAUCCUAGUGUCCUACAGGGUCAAGGUGAAGCUGGUGGUGUCUCGAGGCGGGGAUGUCUCCGUAGAGCUGCCUUUUGUUCUUAUGCAUCCCAAGCCCCAUGACCACAUCCCCCUUCCCAGACCACAGACAGCACCCACCUUCCCUUCCCCUCGGCUCCCCUCAGCCGCUCCAGAAACAGAUGUCCCUGUGGAUACCAACCUCAUCGAAUUUGAUACCAACUAUGCCACAGAUGACGACAUUGUGUUUGAAGACUUUGCCCGACUUCGGCUAAAGGGGAUGAAGGAUGAUGACUAUGAUGACCAGUUCUGCUAGGAAGGGGGGCUGGAAGAAGGGAGUGGAUGGUGCUUGGAGAGGUAGGGGCAGGACCGAGAUCCCCACUGUUGCUGGAGACAGGCGGGUAUCCCAGCCUUUCUUUCUUCCCCUCCGUCUGGCAGCCAAGCCCUUCACUCCCUCUUCCUCAUCACCCCCAGCAAGAUACGCACUGGACCCUUUGCCUGUUGAAAGUGGGCAUUAAUCUUUUGACUGCAGCUGUGCAGCCCUCUGGUGGGUAGUAAGCUGUGCUCAGACCUAAGUUUUUUGGAAGGGAACACUGAAAACGAGGAAUGAUAGUAGGGAAAGGGGGAGAAAACUGGCGCAUUCAGCCUCACAGGAACACACUCCUCCAGUCACUGUCUCCACCUCCCAUUCCUUCAAGAUAACAUCCUGUGGGGGCAAGGCCGUUUCUUUGUUUUUGAGCAUAAAGAAGAAAAUAAACCUUUUAAUAGGCAUGA